AUGGACCGUGCACCUUCCUCGCAAGGCCAUCAAUUCGGUCCACUGCAACCACUUUUGCAGGGUGUGGCUGACAUCCCGCAACGCCAAAAAUCGCGGGAAAGAACGCGCUCUGGUUGCAGUCGUUUGGAAACCUGCAGCUCGCCACUCCAUCAGCACUGCAGUCUCUCUCUCUCUCUCUCACAAGCCGACAGACGACAACCUCGUCUUUCCACCAACCGAAUCCACGCCCACUCUACUUACAGUGCUUCAUCAAUGGAGAUCGACUGGGAGCCACCUCUUCCAGCCGGGUACAAUGACCUCCACCGUUCUUUUCUUCAAAACUUCAUGGCACAAGGCACCCUCACGCUGAAACAAGGCAAGAAACUGCUGGCCGACCUCAAGUCAAAGACCACCUUUGAGCCCGUUGACCCGGAAACCAUCACUCUAGACCAGUUUACAGAUGCCAUCCGAACUGCGAGAGAGGCCGUGGAGCCAUUGGACUAUGACAUCCGCUAUAUGCGCGAUCAAGUCCGAGACGAGCGUGUCUGGGUUUUUUACAACACCCAGAGCGACCCAGCCAGCCAGAUGGCCACUGUCCAUUCGGCCGAAGAGGUAGCAUACAUCAAGAGGCUGCUCGACGCCAUGUUUGAGACGUACAACACGCCCCGCAUGGAGGUCAUGGCUGUGGAUGAGGCACAGGCACUGAAGGUAUCACGCCCCUCUCGGCAGAGUAUGGGGAAUGGACAUGUCAACGGCGCCAAUGGUGAGGAUGCGGAAGGCAGUCAGUCAGCCACUCGGGGACUCAAACACUCCGAAGUGCUCGCGCUACUAUCGAACCUGGUAGCCGAGGGGUGGUUGGAGAAGAGCAGGGACGGGUUUUACAGCCUAAGCACGAGAGCCCUGGUUGAGCUGUGGUCCUGGCUUGUUGCCACCUACAACGACGAAGAAGAAGAGUGGCAGCAUAUCAAGUUCUGCGAGGCGUGCAAGGAGAUCGUGACGCACGGACAGCGGUGUAACAAUGUGGACUGCACAAUUCGCCUGCACGAUGUUUGCGAGGGCAACUUUUGGAGGACCAGGCCGGACCGGAAGUGUCCGAAGUGUCAGACGGAAUGGGAUGGAUCUCAGUUUGUGGGGGAAAGGGCCAUCACAUCCAGGUCGGCAUUCCAAAGAUCAAGAGCCGGAAGACGCGGGAGACGUAGUGAGGUUGCCGAAGAUGCAGGCGAGGAAGAGGCUGAAGACUGA